AAGAUGAACCGGAAUGAUCUGGCUGAAGAGUUGGAGAAUGAACAUAAGCAAGCUCAGGCUAAGGGCAAUAUGAAGACACCUGUCCCUGUUGGAGAACUGCAAAACUUCUUGAAAACUCACAAAAACAACAUGAAGAAAAAAGCAAAAUGUAUUUUUGAGGGCAACAAAGAAGACGACACAGAUCUCAUGGCUGUUUACACAGAACUGUUCGUCACAGAGGGAGAUAUGAAAGAUGUCAAUCAGGAACAUGAGAUUCAUAAGAUUGAUGAAGCUUUCAAGAACAAAAAAACACAGGACAAACCAAUCAAAUGCAAUGAUAUAUUUACUGAACUGAGGAAAAACAAUGAGGAGAAGAUUGUGCUGACCAAGGGAGUCGCUGGCAUCGGAAAAACUGUCUCUGUGCACAAGUUCAUCCUGGACUGGGCAGAAGGAAACACCAAUCAGGAUAUAGACUGUGUGUUCCUGCUUCCAUUCAGAGAGAUCAACGUGAUUAAAGAUAAAAAGGUCAAUCUCCAUGAGUUUCUGCUGAAAUGUUAUCCUGAAUUGAAGAACCUGGAGAAAUCAAAGUUAUAUAAGGAAUGUAAGCUUGUGUUUAUAUUUGAUGGACUGAGAGUCGACCGACUGCCACUGAACUUUAAAAGCGACACACUGGAUACUGUUGAGGAAAGAGCAUCUGUAGAUAUGCUGUUUACAAGUCUGGUCAAAGGUAAGCUGCUUCCAUCAGCUCUUGUCUGGGUGACAUCACGACCAGCAGCAGCCAAUCAGAUCCCUCCUCGGUGUGUGGGUUUGUUCACAGAAGUGCGAGGAUUCACCGACGAACAGAAGGAGCAGUACUUCAGAAAGAGAAUCACAGAUGAGACUCAAGCCUCCAGAAUCAUCUCACACAUUAAGACGUCUCGUAGUCUCUACAUCAUGUGCCACAUUCCUGUGUUCUGCUGGAUCGCAGUCACAGUACUUCAGGAUAUUCUCAUUGAGAACAAUGCAGAGAACAUCAGCACAACACUCACUGAAAUGUACAUUCACUUCCUGCGGAUACAGAUGGACAUGAAGAGCCAGAAGUAUGAUGAACAAGAAGAAAGAAAACAUUCAGAGCACUUAAAAUUAAAUAGAAAGAUGAUUUUGAAGUUAGCCAAGCUAGCGUUUGAACAGCUGAAGAAAGAAAACAUUGUGUUCUAUGAGAAGGAUCUGAAAGAAUGUGGUAUUGAUGUGAGUAAAGACACUGAGUUCACAGGAAUGAUCGCUGAGAUCUUUAAGAAGGAAGGCAACAAAGAAAACGACACAGAUCUCAAGACUGUUUACACAGAGCUGUUCAUCACAGAGGGAGAUAUGAAAGAUGUCAAUCAUGAACAUGAGAUUCUGAAGAUUGAUGAUGCUUUCAAGAACAAAAAAACACAGGACAAACCAAUCAAAUGCAAUGAUAUAUUUACUGAACUGAGGAAAAACAAUGAGGAGAAGAUUGUGCUGACCAAGGGAGUCGCUGGCAUCGGAAAAACUGUCUCUGUGCACAAGUUCAUCCUGGACUGGGCAGAAGGAAACACCAAUCAGGAUAUAGACUGUGUGUUCCUGCUUCCAUUCAGAGAGAUCAACGUGAUUAAAGAUAAAAAGAUGUUUUUCUUUGAAGAUUCACAAAAUACAGCCAGACAAAAGCUUCAGUUCUUAUUUAGAAAUGUCACAUUUCAUGACUUAACAGAGAGGGCCACUGAUAAAGCAAUGCAGAGUGAGAGAGGGCAUCUGGACCUGUUCCUGCGGUUUCUGAUGGGAAUUUCACUGGAAUCCAGUCAGAAACUGCUCAAAGGCCUGAUCACACACACUCAAGACACCACAGAGAGCAUAACACAAAUAUGUGAACACAUUAAAGAAUUACAAAAAGAGGACAUCUCAGAUGAAACAUCAGUCAACCUAUUUUACUGCUUACUUGAGCUCAAAGAUCAUUCAAUAUAUGAGGAAAUCCAGAGUUACCUCAGUUCAGAUGAACAUCCAGGAAAAGACCUCUCAUCUUCAAUGUGCGCAGUGUUGACCUCAGUACUGCUGAUGUCAGAGAAGGUGCUGGAUCAGUUCAACCCAAAGAGGUUCACGUCAUCUUCAAACUACACAAGACUCGUUCCAGCUGUGAGAUGCUGCAGGAAAGCCCUAUUUGACAGCUGUGGUCUUGAUGAAACAUGCUGUGAAACUGUGUCUUCUGCUCUACAAUCAUCAAACUCUCAUCUGACAGAGCUGGACCUGAGUAACAAUCACCUGCAGGAUUCAGGAGUGAAGCUGCUUUAUGAUGGAUUAAGGAGUCCACAUUGUCGACUGAACAUCCUGAGGCUAUGUGGAUGUAAUCUCACUGCUCAGUACUGUGAAAGUUUGUCUUCAGCUCUACAAUCCUCAAACUCUGUCCUGAGAGAGCUGGACCUGAGUAACAAUGACCUGCAGGAUUCUGGAAUGAAGCUUCUUUCUGAUGGACUGAAGAGUCCAAACUCUAAACUGGAGAUACUGAGAUUUUCCACAUGUAAUCUCGCUGCUCAGUCUUGUGAGAGUUUGUCAUCAGUUUUACAAUCAUCAAGCACCUGUCUGAGAGAGCUGGACCUGAGUAACAAUGACCUGCAGGAUUCUGCAGUGAAGCUGCUUGCUGAUGGACUGAAGAGUCCAAACUCUAAGCUGGAGAUUCUGAGAUUUUCCAUCUGUAAUCUCACUGCUCAGUCUUGUGAGAGUUUGUCAUCAGUUUUACAAUCCUCAAACUCCUGUCUGAGAGAGCUGGACCUGAGUAACAAUGUCCUGCAGGAUUCUGGAGUGAAGCUGCUUGCUGAUGGACUGAAGAGUACAAACUGUCAGCUGGAGAUACUAAGGUUGUCUGGCUGUAUGGUGACAGAGAAAGGCUGUUGUUAUGUGUCUUCAGCGCUGAGUUCAAACCCCUCACACUUGAGAGAGCUGGAUCUGAGCUACAAUCAUCCAGGAGAUUCAGGAGUCAAGCUUCUCUCUAAAAAAUGGGAGGAUCCAAAAUGCACACUGGACAAACUCAAUGUGGACCAUGGAGGAGAAUCCAGGAUUACAGAAGGACUACACAAAUAUGCCUGUUUUCUCACGCUGGAUCCAAACACAGCAUACACUUGUCUCAUUCUGUCUGAUGAGAACAGAAAGGUUACAUGUGUGGAUGAGGAUCAGCUGUAUCCUGAUCAUCCAGACAGAUUUAAUGGGCAUCUUGAGGUGUUGUGUAGAGAGAGUGUAUGUGGACGCUGUUACUGGGAGGUUGAGUGGAGUGGGUGUGAAGUGUUUAUAUCAGUGUCAUAUAAGAGCAUCAGCAGGAAGGGACGGGGUAAUGAGUGUGUGCUUGGGCGUAAUGAUCAGUCCUGGACAUUGUUCUUGUCUUCCCCUAGAUCCUCAUUCUUACACAAUAAUAUCGAGACUGAUCUGCCUUUAGUAACAAGCAGUAGAAUAGGAGUGUAUGUGGAUCAUAGUGCAGGAACUCUGUCCUUUUACAGCGUCUCUGACACAAUGAGCCUCAUCCAUACAGUCCAGACCACGUUCACUCAGCCGCUCUGUGCUGGGUUUUGGGUUUAUAUCGAAUCAUCAGUGAAGCUGUGUUGA